AGAGCACAUUGCUUUCGAACGGCCCAUCUACCGUCUUCACUUAACCAUCUACUCUCUUAAUAACCAACCCAAAGAUCAAUAAAACUAUCAAGAACCAAGAAGCACGGCUUCACUCGAUGCCGCCGACUGCCCAGAACUCGCAACAACCGUAUCCGAGAAGCGAUAAAGCGGGUGGCCAUCUCCUCCACUAUUCAUCUUCAUCACAUCAACACCAAAAUCAUCAGCAUUAUCACUCAUCCUCAUCAAACCAACAGUUUAAUCGUCCUCCUCCUCCACCUCAUAAUUCUCAACAUCAUCAUCAUCAUAAUAAUUCAAGAAUGAACGCAUCUUCGGCUCCACAACAACAACAGCAACAACAGCAGCCACAACAAGGGCAAGCUCCCCAGCAACAACAACAGGGACCACCACAACAUCAAUAUCAACAACAACGCCCAUUCCAUGGACGUGUCCAAAACCAUAUGAGAGGAAGCGGACCGUUUGGAAACAGCAACGGCUAUGGUCGUUACACAGCUCCACGUGGUGACCAGCAGCAUCACGACUCGACUCCUUUGAGCUCGGUGAGUUCGCGUCGAGUUCCUCUUCCACCCACUUCACAGCAUCGUGCCUCAUCCAAUUUCAACACUACUCCCAGUUCUACUAAUCUCUACAUUCGCGGUCUCAUGCCAAACACCAACGAUGAUCUCCUUCGUGAAAUGUGCUCCAAGUACGGAAACAUUGCAUCGACCAAAGCUAUUAUGGAUAAAGCAACCAACAAUUGCAAGGGAUACGGAUUUGUUGACUUUGAAUCUCCACAAGCCGCUGCUGCAGCAGUUGACGGGCUCAACACUGAAGGAGUUCAAGCACAAAUGGCAAAGCUUCAACAACAAGAGCAAGAUCCAACCAACUUGUACAUUGCCAACUUGCCAUUGGACUUCACCGAACAAAUGCUCGAGACUGAGCUCAACAAGUUUGGAAUGGUGAUCUCUACACGUAUUCUUCGUACUCCAGACAAUCAGUCGCGUGGAGUCGGAUUCGCCAGAAUGGAUUCGAAGGAAAAGUGCGAAGUUAUCAUUUCUGCGUUGAAUGGUGGUCGCUUCGAUACUAUGUCAAAGGAAGGUCCAGCCCUGCUCAUUAAGCAAGCCGAUACCGGCAGGAAGAGUAAGCACUCGAUGAACAAUCCUGAAAUGCUCCAGCGAAUGCAAUAUCCACAAGUCUAUCAAUCGUACUAUGGAUACCAUCCAGCUGCAGUCUACCAACAACACUAUGACGUUAACUCGUUGGCUUCACAGAUGGGCGGUAUGCAUGUCGGUGGUGGAAAUCCACAGGCGAAUGGUGGAGGUGACAUGUAUGGAGCACAUAUGUACGGACAGAAUGCCGGUGGACAAGGUGGACAAGGAGUCGGACAAGGCGGACAGGGUGGGAAUCAACAGUUUUACAACCCGAAUAAUGGACGCAACAAAAAGCCGAUGAAUCCACAAUAAAUGGACAGGACAACGUCUUCACUCCACUUCUUCUUUCGUCUCUAAACCUCUUCUCUCUCUCAAUCCUUUCCAACCAAUCAUCUCUACAAAAAAAGACACAGUGUGCUGCCGCGCGCGCCGCAAUCAAUACCCAUGUUCAUAUUGUUAGCCCGCUCCCCGAUCCACAAAACCUUCUUCUUUUUCUCAAUCCAAAAACUAUCGUUCCAUUCUGAAAACUCAUCAUCACCAGUUUAAAAAUUGUUUUGUUUUUCUUCCCCUCCCGAAAUCUCUAUACCUCUCCUUUUCUACCACGUUGUUAGGCGAACAAUCUCUCGAAGCGAAGAUGAUCAUGUUUUUUUAAUUAAAAAAUGAUGAUGGGUUUGCAAGAGUCUCUCUUUUAACCGUUUCAUGAAACAAACUGAAGACACAACAAGCGAACAUACACACUGGUUUUUCCUUUUUGUUUAUUGAUUUCUUUUAAGUUAACAGCACAUACACUCUGCGUCUCUCUCUCUCUCUCCCUCUCUAUCUCUAUGGUCUAACUAUCAGAUCAGAACUAUUUAAACCUUAUGAAUCGAUCACCCCCAGACACCUCUAAUUUAAAUGUUUAAAUGUUCUUUUGACUGGUUUCAAAUGCUCAUUUCCUCCCUUCUUUUUUCUCUUUUCCUCUUGAAACGAACAUCUCCCCACAUGUACAUAGACCCCCCCCCCCAAAAGUUUCUUAAAUUGUUGUUUGACUGGACUCUUAGGAACCUAUUCAGACACAUACUCCAUCCCUUACACCUCUUGUUGAUUGACCUUUGUUUUGUUUUGUUGUUCCUGGGUCUUUUGAACCCCUCAAUAACCGCGAAACUUUUAAGCUUCUCCUCUCUCUCUCCCUCACUCAUUCUCCUUUCCUCGCCCGGUGACACCGUUCCGUCAUCGUCGAGUACGUCUACAGCAGCAGCAGCUCGAAGAGCUCCGGAAUCCGUGAGCUCUCUCUCUCUUUGUUCUUUCUAACCAUUUCAAUGGCAAUCACAUUCUCCCCCACCAACCCCCUGACUUUCUCUAAACUGUUCGUUCGUUCCCACCCCACCACUUCUCCACCCCCAAAUUGUUUUUCUUUCCGAAAUUCGUUUUCCAACAAAUUCUGAUGAGCAAGAAUGAUGUAAAUAAAUGAUUCCAGAGAUUUUAUAA